GCGCGGGAUGCUGACCUCAACCAUGGGGCCGCAAGGUCUCCCGCCACUCCUGCUGGUGCUCCUAAGCUGCUGCGCCUCAGCGAGCACCCAGGUCGUGGCCACUCCGGCAGUGGCCACCCCGGCAGUGACGAAGGAGGAUUUCAACUCCACCGAGGCCACCCCCGCCACUCUCAGGCCCUCCUGGUCGCCCAGGACCCCAGGGACUCCCAGGGCCCCGGAGCUCUCUGACCCCAGGCCCACCCCGGUCACGGACGUUGCUGCUCUGUGUGUCUGUGACCUGCUUCCAGCACAGUGCGAUGUCAGCUGCUGCUGUGACCCUGACUGCAGCCCCACGGAUUUCAGUGUCUUCUCUGCCUGCUCAGUCCCAGUAGUCACGGGUGAUAGGCAGUUUUGUAGUCAGAAGGCUGCCAUAUACUCAAUGAAUUUGACAGCAGCUCCUCCUCACCGGGUCUUUAAACUCAUUGACCAGAUCAACCCAUCCGUCUUCUGCAUCCACACUUCAAACUACAAGCCUGCGCUGUAUUUCGCUAAUCCAGAAGUGCCCGAUGAAAACAAUUUUGACAGACUGAUGCAAGCAUCAGGUGGCUUUACAGUGAGUGCCGAGUCAGAUGUUCCUUCCACAGCCACGUCAGAUGUCCCACAACCCACUAAAUACGAGUACGGAGUCCCUCUGCAGACCGCAGGAGCAUCUUCAGGGUCAUUUCUGAGACUGCCUUCGCCUCUCACGUCCUCUCUGUGUACAGACCAGAACCCAGCAGCGUUCCUGGUGAACCAGGCCUUCGAAUGCAGCCGCAGAGUGGACAUAGAUCAGUGUGAAGGGAUGGAAGCCCUCAGCCUGGCUCAUUACAGCAGCCCUGCCAUUCUGAGGGUGCCUAAUUCAACGACACAGGUCUCCAUCAAGAUCCAGUCUGUCAUGUAUCGGUCUCUCAAUCACACGCUGACCCGCUUAGAAGGCCAUGGUGUCCUGCGGCCAUCUCUGAUCAGCACCGGGCAAGACAGACUCUGCAGCAACGUUGUUCUCCAGGUGCAGUACCGCCUGGUGUACACUGCCACAGGCCAGAUCCAGGACGCUGGCCUCUCCCUCGUUCUUGGGACACUGAGCCGCACAGUGAGCCUCCUGCAACAGAAGUUUGAGAUUCUCUUUAUUCAGCAUGGAACCAAGCCUGUUCCUCUCAGUGGCAGCCCUGGUUACAGGGUGGGACUCCCGCUGGCCGCUGGCUUUUUGCCUCAGAAGGGGGCUGGGAUUAUCCAAACAACGAACAGACACGGCCAACUUACUAUUCUUCGUAGCACAGCCAAGCAGGACUGCCUCUCAGGCGAGGGGCUCCGGGACCCUGUGCUAUUUGGCUACAAUGUGCAGUCUGGCUGUCAACUCAGACUGACAGGCACCAUCCCAUGUGGGCUCCUGGCACAGAAAAUGCAAGAUCUGCUGAGAGGCCAGGCCUUCCCUGACUACGUGGCUGCGUUUGGGAAUUCCCGGGCCCAGGAUGUGCAAGACUGGGUGCCCGUGCACUUUGUUACCCUCUCCUCCAACACGAAGCAUGUUCUUUUGUAGGGUUCUUGCCAGCUCCCUGUGGCUUUGGGUAUAGAAGUGAGAUGGACUAAGUAUGGGUCCCUGCUGAACCCCCAGGCCAGGAUAGUAAAUGUGACUGCCCAGCUCAUCUCAAUUCCAGAGCCUCUCCCAGGGCCUGAGAGGACGAUCGUCAUUUCCACUACAGUGACAUUUGUGGAUGUGGCAGCCCCUGCAGAGGCAGGCUUCCGAGCGCCCCCCACCAUCAACGCCAGGCUGCCUUUCAGCUUCUUCUUCCCAUUUGUGUGA